UCUCAUUAUCAUAAUCAUUCUGCAUUUGUGGACAAAUGGCCAUUAAGAGAGUUAAUUCAGCAACUUACUUCUUACUUUUUCUUCACUUUCUCCUUCCCUUCGCCUCAUGCAGCAACAGGAAGCAGGUUUAUGUAGUUGAGUUGUUCGGAGAUCACAGCAAUAGUGAUAAAACAGAUGAAGUUGAGAAUACCCAUCAUGCUUUUUUGCUUUCCGUUAAAGAAACUGAGGAGGAAGCACGAGCUUCCCUUCUUUAUAAUUACAAACACAGUAUCAAUGGUUUUGCAGCAUUGCUUACUCCAAAAGAAGCCAAUGAGCUCUCAGAAAUGGAGGGAGUGGUUUCUGUGCAUAAGAACCAGCCAAGAAUCUACUCUUUGCACACCACCAGAUCAUGGGAAUUCGUGGGAUUGGAUAGACCUUUGAAUCCAUUGGAAGAAGACUCAAAACAGAAAAAUAGAGACUUGCUAAGCAGAGCACAAUAUGGGAAAGAUAUCAUAGUAGGAAUGAUUGAUAGUGGUGUGUGGCCAGAUUCAAGUAGCUUCAGUGAUGAAGGGAUGGGGCCUGUUCCAACAAAAUGGAAAGGAGAAUGUCAAAAUGGAACUGCUUUCGAUUCAUCCCAGUGUAAUAGGAAGAUUAUAGGAGCUCGUUACUACUUGCGUGGUUACGAGAGUGUAUUUGGUCCUCUAAACGAAAAAGAGGACUACAAAUCAGCACGUGACAAAGAUGGUCAUGGAACACACACAGCUUCAAUAGUAGCAGGACGUGCAGUGGCGAAUGCCUCAGCCCUUGGAGGCUUUGCCAAGGGCACAGCCCUAGGUGGGGCCCCUUUGGCCCGUCUUGCCAUAUACAAAGCAUGUUGGCCCAUAAAAGGACAGUCCAAAGACCAAGGGAACAUAUGCACAAACAUUGACAUGCUCAAAGCUAUAGAUGAUGCCAUUGGUGAUGGCGUUGAUGUUCUAAGCAUUUCCAUUGGGUUCAAAGAACCCAUUUCUUAUGAGGAGGAUGUGAUUGCCAGGGGUGCAUUGCAUGCUGUGAGGAACAACAUUGUUGUAGCGUGCAGUGCAGGUAAUGCUGGCCCUUCACCUCAAACUUUGUCAAAUCCUGCACCAUGGAUCAUCACGGUUGGUGCCAGCACUGUAGAUAGGUCUUUUCUUGCUCUUGUUAAGCUCACCAAUGGCACAAUCAUUGAGGGUCGAUCAAUUACCCCAGUUCACAUGGGAAAGAACUAUUACCCAUUGGUUCUAGCUAAAGAUGUUGAACUUCCAGGCCUGCCUAGUAAUAAUUCUGGGUAUUGCUUGGACAAUAGCCUUGAACCUAACAGGACAAUGGGGAAGAUAGUUAUCUGCCUCAGAGGGCAAGGUCAAAGGUUAUAUAAAGGCUUAGAAGUUCAAAGGGCAGGGGGGAUUGGUCUUAUCCUUGGGAACAAUAAACUAAAUGGAAAUGAUGUACCCUCUGAUCCUCAUUUUAUUCCAGCCACUGGACUGUCCUAUGAUAAUGUCUUAAAACUCAUUCACUAUGUCCGUUCUACCCCAAAUCCAAUGGCACAAAUUCUGCCAGGAACAACAGUGUUAAAAACCACACCAGCACCCUACAUGGCCUCUUUCUCUAGCAGGGGUCCAAAUAUAAUUGACCCCAAUAUUCUCAAGCCUGAUAUUACAGCCCCAGGAGUAGACAUAUUAGCAGCAUGGACCGCGGAAGAUGGUCCCACACGAAUGACAUUUAACGACAAACGAGUGGUUAAGUACAACAUCUUCUCUGGAACUUCAAUGUCAUGCCCUCAUGUUGCUGCUGCAGCUGUUCUUCUCAAAGCCAUACACCCUACAUGGACCACUGCUGCUAUAAGAUCUGCCCUCAUAACUACAGCCAAGCCAACGGACAACACUGGCCAUCCAUUGAUUGAUGAAGCUGGAAAUCUUGCAACUCCUUUUGCAAUGGGAUCGGGCCACUUCAACCCCAAAAAAGCAGCAGAUCCUGGUCUAGUUUAUGAUGCCUCCUACAUGGACUACCUUCUUUACACUUGUAAACUUGGAGUAGCUAAAAACCUCAACAUUACAUAUAACUGUCCAAAGUCAUUUCUUGAACCCUUUGAACUCAACUAUCCAUCCAUACAAGUCCAUGGACUCAAUUACUCUAGGACUAUUAAGAGGAUAGUCACCAAUGUUGGUAGAAGCAGGAGUAUUUACAAGUUUAGUGCCUCGUCACCAAAGGAAUUCUCCAUCUCAGCCACUCCAGAUACUCUUACAUUUAAUCAUGUUGGGCAGAAAAUGAACUUCAUCAUCACAGUGACAGCAAACUUGAGUCAGAUACCAACCAACCAUGGCCCAGAUAAGUACUACUUUGGUUGGUAUGCAUGGACUCGAAAACAUAACGUUGUAAGAAGCCCCGUGGCAGUGUCUUUUAUAUAGAAUAACAUCGUUUCUUCUUA